GCCACCUCACCCAGGAGAGGCUGGCGCACCCCGCCGGGCCCGCGGGCAUCUGUUGCGUGUACCGCUCCGGGCUCAGUGUCCCCGCUGCUGCCGGCGCUGCCUCGAUGUUCCAGCUGCCAAUCUUGAAUUUCAGCCCCCAGCAAGUGGCCGGGGUAUGCGAGACUCUGGAAGAGAGCGGCGAUGUGGAACGCUUGGGUCGCUUUCUCUGGUCGCUGCCCGUGGCCCCUGCGGCCUGCGAAGCCCUCAACAAGAAUGAGUCGGUGCUGCGCGCGCGAGCCAUCGUGGCCUUUCACGGUGGCAAUUACCGCGAGCUCUACCAUAUCCUAGAAAACCACAAGUUUACCAAGGAGUCUCACGCCAAGCUGCAGGCACUGUGGCUUGAAGCACACUACCAGGAGGCUGAGAAGCUGCGAGGACGGCCCCUGGGGCCGGUGGACAAGUACCGCGUAAGGAAGAAGUUCCCGCUGCCGAGAACCAUUUGGGACGGCGAGCAGAAGACGCACUGCUUCAAGGAGCGCACUCGGCACCUGCUGCGGGAGUGGUACCUGCAGGACCCAUACCCCAACCCCAGCAAAAAGCGGGAGCUCGCCCAGGCAACCGGACUCACCCCCACGCAGGUGGGCAACUGGUUCAAAAACCGCCGACAAAGGGACCGGGCAGCUGCAGCUAAGAACAGACUCCAGCAGCAGGUUCUGUCGCAGGGCUCCGGGCGGGCGCUACGAGCCGAGGGCGAGGGCACGCCGGAGGUGUUGGGCGUCGCCGCCAGCCCCGCUGCCAGUUUAUCCAGCAAGGCGGCCACGUCGGCCAUCUCCAUCACAUCCAGCGACAGCGAGUGCGACAUCUGAGCUGUCCACCCAGCACGCUCAGAAGCAGAAUCCAGUGUAAAAAUGAGAUAAACAACAUGAAGGAAGGAGACAGAAUGAGAGGCCAGCAAAUCCAGCGCUGGCGGAAGCCAGGUGGCCAGGGACCCACGGACUCGAGCUCCAGUGUCCGCUCCACCGCCGGCGGGCCGGGUUCCAGUGACGCCCUUCGGCCGCCACCACGGGGCCCGAGGUGAGGCCUGACCCAGCACCAGGUUCUCUUCGCUUUGCUUUUCCCGGAUGACAUUGCUGCAAAGACGCCUUCGGAACCCGAACUGCACGCUGAGCGCCUGCCCCGUCUCCUGUGGGUAUUUCACGUCGAAAGGACGCUGUUUAUAUAUGUAUAACUUUUGCUUUAAAGUUUUUUUUUAACAAAACAUAUAUAUGCUGUUUAUUUACUUAUUUAAGAGACUGCCAUGGUAGGUUUCUCUGUAGCUUGGGGAACUUGCUGUUUCUAAACGGGCAAACUGGUGCCCUCUGUGGAGAAGCCAAACAAUAAAACAACUUGGUGGGCAAACUUUCUUAAUUAA